CCUUCACCUACGCGAGUUCAACCAAUGAAUUCGCGCAAGAGGCCUGCGGACCCUCACUCGAGGGGCCACAGUCCCCCAGAGAAGCGGUAUCGUGCGCCUGACCGAUCGUCAAGACUUCCAGAUAGGCCGCGCAAUGAUCGAGAUGCUACGGACAAGAGACCGCAAAAUGGUCUAUUGCGAGCAGAGGGUAAUCUAGCAGCCCAGAGGACUGCAAGUGCGGAACAAAGUCCUCUACACAUCAUGUCUCCCAAUAACAUUGGGAGUCCAGCACACGUUGCACCUCCAGCUCCAUCGAUGCUUCCUGCCAUUGCUGGGGCUUCCGUUUCUGGUGGAGGUCUCAUGUCUUCCUCUUCGCACACGAACCAUCUGCAGCAGCACGAAGGAGCUAUUGAUAGAGCACCUAUCAGCGUAGCCUCACUACGAAACAUGAGGGACAAGAAAAGAAGGCAGGCCAUCGAAACUGAAGCGAAAGCUCCCUCUACCACAACGUCAAAUCUAGAUCUGGAAACACAACUAAAAUCCGUCCAGACUGAAUUGAAGCAGUCCAAUAAGGAACGAGAGAAAGAACACAGAGAAAUGUUAAGGAAGAUUAAACGGCUUGAAAGCCUGUCUCCUCAAACAUCUAGUCUCCAGGACGAAGUUGGUCACCAACAGAAAAGUUUAUCAAGCAAUCACGCUUCACAAGAGGACGUGCUCGCGCGGCUGAAUAGGCUAGAGGAUUUGAAGCCGUCUUUCGAAAAGCUGCCUGCCGAGAUAGCAGGGCUCGACAAGAAGUUCGAGCAACUCAAGGCUUUGUCGGAUAUCGUUGAAAGCCUGAAAGACGACAUAGCAAAGCACGCUCAGAGACUCGACCAAGCAUCAGCCAAAUCUGAAGCUAUCGAUUCAACUUUAGGAAAGCUUCCAGGUUUGAGGAGCGAUAUUGAGUCUAUCAAGAAUUCCAGGAAAAGCCAACCAAGUCCUCCUACAGGGGAGGAUAUCAACAAAGUAAUGCGUCAGACGGUACAGUCCGAACUAGACAAACCCGAGGGUGUCACCAAACGUGCCAUGAAGAGAAUGGAAGAGAAGCUCAACAAGCAAGUGAUGGAGGCAUCGAAUCAAACGAAAAGGGACCACGAUACGCUUGAGGAGAAACUCUCGUCGGAACUAGCCACGCUCUCAGACUCUGGACAAAAGACGGAUACCAGCAUUUCAACCCUCGUCGAAAGAAUUCACGAAACCGAGAGCAACGAAACCAAGAACUAUAGUAGACUAUCGACGUUGCAAAAAGACUUUGAAAAGUUUCGAGGAGACACUGUGAAGGAUGUUGAUCAACUCUUUGACGAGACCCGCGAUUUUGUCCAGAAAGACAAAAAUGGCAAAACCUUCCUUGAGAAACUCAAUCAGAUCGAAUCUAAACAAGAGGGAAAUUCCAGCAAACUGAAGCAUGUUACCAAUGAGCAAGAAAGUCUUUCCAAAGAACAGCUGAAACUGGUCGCCCGUCUGGUUGUAGUAGAAAAGACGUUGAAAGGCAACAACACUGUCCUCUCAGACUUUGAGACGGUCGCAACGACAAUGUCUCGAUUGAGCGAUGCAUCCGAGAAGGCUGCCACACGAACGGAAAAGCUAGAAAAUGAUAUUGGAGAGGUACAGAAGGUUGCCAAGAGUGUCAAGGAUCUACCGGAACGCAUCAAGGUCUUUGAAGAUCGAGCCUCCAGCCUGUAUCAACUUCCUACUCAAAUUUCCGACAUUCAGACUCAAGUCACGGCACUUGCGAAUUUAGAAACAAGGCUCGCAAGCAUAGAAGCCCGAAAGCCUGUUAUGCUAGACCAAGGUGGCACACAAUCGGGGCAGGUCCAAGUCGAGACUGGCGCCACUCAGAAGACGAUGGAUGAACAGAAUGUGCGAUUAGAACUGUUGCAAGAUAACUUCGCCGCCAUUGACAGUGUUCUCUACAAAACAGAAGAGGUUAUCCACAACCAUGGCGUUGCUAUUGAAACCCUUCAAACAGGAAUUCCUGAGCUCUUCGCAGAGUAUUUUGAUCCGUUAAAGCGUGAUUAUGAGCAACGGUUCACUACCCACAGCGAGCAGCUGGAGGUUUGCCAAGACGAAGUCUCAAAGCUGAAAUUAGCAGUAGCCAGAGUGGAUCCAACAGAAGUAAUGUCCGUCAUCGAGGACACAAAAAACCUCACGCAAGAAGUGUCCGAUCUCAGAGUCUCCCUGCACAAUGAAAUUGCCCAGCGAGGUCAGGACAUACAGGACGUCAACGGACAACUCGCGACCAAGGAAGAUACACUCGCCGUCGUUCGUCAGUUUGACUCAGUGCGUCAAGGUUUGAAUAACCUCGAAAGUCGAUAUCAAAACAUUUCGACCGAUGAACUACAUCAGCAGAUGGUUCACUGGUUUGUCCAGAUGUACCCCUCAAAUGCCGUUAUCCUGCAGCAAUUCUCGGUCGUCCAACAGGAUGUCGCUCGACUGAUGACUUUCACGCCCCAGAUGAACUGGAUCAAGUCUCACGAAAAAGAUCUGUUUGCACUUGCGACAAUGGUAUCGCAGCUGCAAACGCUUGUACAGCCAUCCAACACACCCCACCAGCUUCCAGAUAAUCAAACCAAGAUCGAUAAAGUUUCCACCGACGUAAAAACAGCGAUGACGACUUCCGAAGAUAACAAGUCAAAGAUGAACCAGCUGACAGAACACGUCAAUAAGAUUGGCUCCGCAUUGACGACUUUGCAGACACAAGUCAACAGCCUCGACCUGGAAAAUUCGCCGUUCGCCAGAACUCAAGAGGUGCACGCCUUGGAAACAACCGUGCAAAAGCUGCAGGAGGACGUCACUACCGGUUUUACCGAUGCACACGACGCACGUGUAGAGUUGCGAACGGCUGCUGGCACCGCAAACGACCAACGCGUGAAGGCGGAAGCGAAGAUCAAGAGCUCGGUAGAGGAGUUGAGAACGUCGUUGUCAAAUCGUGUCGAGGCUGUGGAGGAGUUGAGAACGUCGUUGUCAAAUCGUGUCGAGGCUGUUGAGAUUGACGGGACUAAGCUCCGUCGUGAGUUUGACGACCUGAUGAACGACUGCAUCGAGCCGAACAAGGAGUUAUUCGCCGACAACUUCCCCUUGGUUGUCAUCACCAGAAUCAGCGAGGUCCAGAGAGCUGUCGAAUAUGUUAAUCAGCAGCUGCCGAGCGGCUCGCUACUGCCGAUUAAGUGGAGUCGCCCUGUUGCCGACAAUGAUGAUGAUAAGGGCAACGGCAAGGGGAAGGGAAAGGCAAAAGUUAAGCCGUAAGAUCGCCUUACAUUUCUUCGGGUCGACAACAACCACACUUCUUUCCUUCCCUUCCGGACGCACACACAGGUGUACUCUUCUAUCCACAAACCAAACUUUUCCUAGCGUUUCUAUCUGACGGGGCAUAUACCUACGACACACGAUACCCCAAAUGCGUAUUUCCUACUUAUUCUUGUUUGUACACUACUGUGCGGCAUCCUCUUCUUCUGCAGCUUGUCACGGGGAGGUAUUAGUAGCUACUUGCAUAUUUCCGGGCAUACCACAUAUUACCUAUCGCUGGCCACGAAGGCAGGGAGUAUAUGAAUGAGGGAGGGGUUCUGUGGAUGAGAUACAUUGUAGCUAGUAAUGCAGGGUUUGAUGAUGAUGUUGGUUAGGAGAUGUUGGUAUGCGUGAUAUAUAUCGAUACAACUAUAUCUACACGUAGCCCCGCUCAUCGUAACAUACAUUAUUCAACUUCCUCAC